CUGGCUCUGGACAUAAACAACAUCACUUUUAAAAUCUCUGUUGAAUUUUUAAGCCACAAAAGUGUAAUGGAGCAGCCUGAGGACCUGGGACAGCUCAGUCACACCAUGGAGGCAGUGGCUUCAUAUGAUGAGCCUGCUCCUCACAACACAUCUGCACAAGGCGAUACCUCACCUCUAGACAUGCUCAGAAUAAAGCAACAGAUGUUUAACCAGUGUUUUGAGAUGAAAGUGCGCCUCCAAACCGGAGAUCCUAAAAGAGCAUGUAGCUCAUCUGAAGCAGAGAGAGAUUUGCUGGAUUUUGUGACUGAGAUUGAGAAUGCCAAAACAAAUUAUUUUAACUGUACAUUAGCUCUGCACAGGAUGCAGAUGUGGCACACUCUUGCUGAAAAACUUAACCAAAAUGAUGCAGAGGCAAAUGAGCUGCAGCGCGUGAGUGAACGCUGUAUGGCCUUUUGUUCACAAACUAAACAACUCCAACAAGAAUCAAGAGCUCUUCAAGAUGACAUUGCUGAAUUACAAAAGAAGAGACUAGAGUUAAAACGUCUUACUCAUGAGAAAAUGAAGGAGAUGGAGGAGUUGAAGUCAAAGAAAGAACAUCCAGACUCAGAAAGAUAUAAAGCUGUGAUAGAGAAAGGCCAAGCAAACCUGGAAAAACACAAGAAGAUGGCCAUCAUGACACAGAACGUCCUGAGGGGCCUGCUUUUAGCUUAUAAGAUUAACUGGAUUGAUGACCCCAAACUUCGUGACAUUGCCAUGACACUAGAAGAAUUUCCCAUCUCUGAUUAAGUUAUUUGACCUUUUACUUUGUCUGAUUUUAU